AUGCCCCCAACGCUCCCCCUUCUCCACAGGCAGAUUACAUUGGCCUCGGCCCUGGACGACGACGACAAUAUCCUGCAAGAGCUACAAUACCCCGAGCAACGAAUUCAACAGACAUGCCGGAUCGGAGAAGUCAAAGAGUGGAUAUCGGGAAGCUUCAACGUCUGCAUACCAGUAUACAUUGAAGGCUGGUCCAGAAAUGCUCCCAAACGUGUACUGAUCAGGUUUCCGUUGCCUUACAGAGUUGGAGAGUUACAACACCCCGGGAACGCGGAGGAGAAGCUUCGCUGCGAGGCUGCAACGUUCAUAUGUAUCCAGGAGAACUGUCCAUCCAUUCCAAUACCUCAUCUAUGGGGUUUCGGGUUUGCUGGUGGCCACCAUUUCACCGCGAUCGAACAUAUCCCACUCUUCCCUCGACUGAUAUGGUAUAGUCGUCGACUCCUGUCAUCCAUCUUUGGAUGCUUGUCUCCAGGUCGAUAUGUCAGUCGCCGCGCUCCUGUGAGUUUACGGACUGGGUAUUUGAUAAUGGAUUACGUUGAAUCUACAGAAGGGGUCAUGCUUUCCGAAUCAUGGGAGGCACUUCGGCAUGACACGCGACGAAGAGACAACCUUUUCAAAGGCUUGUCUCGCAUCAUACUAUCACUAGCCCAGAUACCGUUCACGCAAAUUGGGUCUCUAACACUAGACAAUAACGGUGUGAUCAAAUUGACGAAUCGCCCUCUCACGCUGCGCCUCCAACAUUUAGAGAACGAGUCCAUCCCGACAAGUAUUGGCAGAGAUCUUACAUAUUCCACCACAGAUGCGUACUUGCUCGAUCUCUUGGUUUGUCAUGAUAGUCGCUUGCGCCAUGCGCCGAAUUCUGUUCGGGAUGAAUUUGAUGGCCAAGCACAGCUGUCGAUUUUGACCAUCAUGCGGGCCCUUCUUCCACACUUCACGAAUCGUGAUCUCCGUCGAGGCCCAUUCGUCCUAACCCUUACGGAUUUACAUCAGAGCAAUAUCUUUGUCGAUAGUGACUGGAACAUCAAGUAUCUUGUCGACCUAGAGUGGACAUGCGCCCGCCCAUUGGAGAUGCUACAUCCACCAUAUUGGCUCACCGGUCGGGGUGUGGACCAGUUAGAGAAGGGGGAACAUCUUGAUGCCUUCAGCGACAUGCACAGUGAAUUCAUGGAUGCCUUUGAAGAAGAAGAAAGAUCGCUCAAAAGAGGCAAAGCCUUGAACCUGUCGCACAUAUUGAGGAAAGGCUGGGAGACUGGAAGCUUUUGGUUUUUUCACGCACUCGACAACCCUAAAGGCUUAUAUAACAUAUUCUUGGACCACAUUCAGCCCAUAUUUGCAAAGCUCGAUGAUCCCGGGAUGGCCGAGUUCGAACGAACUAUAGCACCGUAUUGGAGCCCGGACGUCACGGGAUUUCUUGCCAAGAAGAAACUGGAAAAAGAGGUUUAUGAAAGUCAACUGCGUCAGGCAUUUGCGGAAGCAUCUGAAGCAUCGGAGUCGAACAGAUGA